GUCAAUUUGGGUGCAGGUGAAUUUGUUGCUGUGUAUAAUUUGUAUUAUAUUUUUUAAACGAAACAAUGAAAUAGUACGAAUUUCUCACGUGAUUCUUGUGAUUUCGCGGCUAAAUAUUGUUAUAAAAUGUGGAUUCCAUCGAAAUCUCCAAAAUUAGCUGUCGCUGUGUAUAACUGGAAAGGAGAUGUUCGAUCAGGAUUACCACUGGAGAUUGGUGAAACAAUACAGAUAUUAGAAGAAAAUGGAGGUUGGUUCCGCGGUUUCAGUACAAAGAACAGAUCUGCUUGGGGCAUUUUUCCUGCAAGCGUGGUUUCUAUUCGACCAUGUACUGUCAAAGGCAGUGGUGCUGCGGCCAUCGCCGAGAUAAAAGACGAUCCUUUGGUGCGAGAGAUAGCAUGCGUGUUAAGAGAAUGGGCCCGGCUCUGGAAGAAGCUCUAUGUGGAGCGAGAGACCUACAGGUUCAGUGCGGUUGCAAAGGUCAUGCGCGAACUACUGGCUGGCAGGCGAGCUCUCUUAGCGGGGACCUUGACGCAGGACCAGACGAGAGCUCUACGACUCAAACUCGUUGCCAAGCUAGACUGGGGCAAUAGAAAGCUCGGGCUAGAACUGGUGCCCCGGCGCGGCGCGGAAGCCGUUGACCCGGAGGACACGAGCCUCGUCGAGCUGUACAGGGUGCACGCGGAGAGCGCCGAGCGUGCUGCAGCAUGGCGUGGUACAUUACGUCGAGCAUGCGGCUCAGGAAGCAGUUUCAACUCCGGCACCCUCACAAACAGUUCCAAUAUCACCACACCUCCAGUCCAGUCACAUUACCUCAUGUGCAGUAUGAGAGACUUUGGUCAUACCGCGGGGGGUGACGAAGCAGAACUGCUGUUAUGGCUACACGAUGCUAGAAGAGCGCAGCCAUUAUCCGAGAGAUUUAGAGUGCGGAUAGCGAGAGAUGGGUUUUCGAACUACGUGGAUAGAUUGCACGCUAAUAGCACGUUAUUUGCGGACCUUUCAAGUACAGAUCUAUCUCGUGAGCUAUGGCUAGUCGCGUGGGUGAUACGAGUGGGGCGCUGGGCGGGUGCGGGCGGCAGCGGCACGGGGGAGAGGCGAGGGCCUGUUGCGAGGAGGCCUCUUGGCGCCGGAGUGUUACCUCUUGCUGAGUUCCUAAGACAACCUGAACCGCAGACCAUUGAAAAGGAGUAUACAUUCAAGGUAUACCAAUGUGAAGAAAAGGAUUUUCACCAGUUACAUGACAUGUUAAUAAGAAAACAAACGAACAAGUGCAAUAUUUUACCUGGACAGCCAAAUUAUGGAAUAGUAGUAGCGCUAAGACUUCUAACAAACACCGGCAGUAUCUCAGAAGCGGUUGCCUCAGGGGCGACUGUGACAGCAAAACGCGGUUUCCCCGACGUCAUAAUGCCGGGCGAUGUGCGCAAUGACCUCUACCUCACGUUGGAAAGGGCAGAGUUCGAAAGGGGUGGGAAAAGUACGGCGAAGAACGUAUUGGCUACUGUCAGCGUUCAUGAUAGUACUGGGCAAGUUAUUAAUGAAUGCGUAUGGGGAGCCAGCGGCGUCGGCUCCACGUCCUACGAGUCACUAGUGCUGUACCACAACAACAGUCCCGCGUGGGGCGAACAACUACGCCUCACCGUGCCCUUGGAAACAUUUACCCACGCUCACGUCCGAAUCGAGUUCAGGCAUUGCUCCACACGAGAUAAGAACGAGCGAAAACUUUUUGGUUUUUCGUUCGCACGGCUCAUGGAAGCAAGUGGCGCCACGCUGAGGGAUGGUGCACACGAUUUAUACGUUUACAAGUGUGAUGACCCCUCUAAGUUAUUAACAGCCAGUUAUCUAUCUCUCCCUUCUUGCGCCAACGACUCUGUUCGGUCUCCCGCCGCUAACGGCCUCCUGGCGACAUUCCAAAGAAGCACCAAAGAAAAUUGUAUUAUUAGUACUUUGCUGUGUUCCACUAAGCUUACUCAAAAUGAGGAUCUGUUAGCACUUUUGCAAUGGCGCGCUCGCCCCGAAAAAGUGCAAGAGACGUUAUUACGUGUACUGCGGUUAGGAGACGGGCUGAGCUGCGAAGAACUGAUUAAGUUUUUGCGUGACGUGCUCGAUGCUCUGUUCGCUUUGUUUUCUACAGAAGAUGGAAACAGUACUCCACAUUCCGGCACAGUGUUCCUAGUUCUAGUGUCAAUCUGCAGUUUGCUGGAUGAAACGAGGUUUCAACACUUUCGACCUGUUCUGGAUGUUUAUAUUGAAGAACAUUUCUCCGCUGCUCUUGUUUAUAAAGGUUUGUUAUCGUCAGUCCAGCACUGCGCAGAAUGGGCUGCGGGCGCAGAAGGCCAGGAGCCAAUACGCAAAUGUCUGCGCUCUCUAGGCGCAGUGUUCCGUCUAGCGGUUCGCUCUCGAUGCCUAUUCGCGCGCGCUACAGGCGGCCAGUAUGAAGACAGCUUCCGAAGGGACGUUCGAGCAGCGUUGCAUGCGCUGAAAGCUUUGGCCCAACAUCCUCAUAGGGAACAUCUUGCGCCUGCCCAAGUGGCCUUAAUGACUUCAUGGGCUAGUGUGGCCAAGGAAGUGGCAUCGGCGCUAGGGCCGGUGGAAGCGGGGCGUAUCACAGCGGCCAUGCUGGAUGCUCCCGCGGCUAACGCCCCUCCAGCGCUGGCUAAAGCGCGAUUACAAGCUGCCCAGGAUAUAUUGAAGGGACCUCUUGGACAAGACCCUGAGGCGAGAAACAUCGUCCUAACAACUGCUUGCCACCACUUGCGUGUCCACCUCUCGCGUCGAGACGAGCUGUCCCUAUGUGCGGACAUGCUCGGAGAGCUAGUGACGUUGUUGUGGAAGAAGGAAGACCCGGACCAGCCGGUGGAUGAUGAUGAGCUGGAUCCCGACGUCGAUGUGUUGUGUUUGAACACCUUGGAUGUAUUGGUUGAGAUUGUACUGCAUCUGAUUGGUGGGAAUUCGCCUGUGCUGGGUCCAAUGGUAGCGGGUCUUCUAGGAGUUAUGGAAUUGCUAAAACCUGCGCACUACCAGCGUCUGUGGAGUCACCUUGCGCCGCACCCUCACGAUCGAAAGCCUUUGAAAGAUUUCCUCAUGCGAGCAUUUCUUGUCUUCAGACAUUUGAUUGAGCAGGACGUAUUCCCUUCUGACUGGAUGGUACUAAGAGUUCAGAGUUGCAAAGUGUUGUUAUCGGCAUUACAAGACUUGGCUAAACCUUUAUUAGAAAGGUUUUUGGGUGAUGAGCCUCCACAGUUCGAUUCUCAGUUAUGGUCGGGUUACCUGGAGUUGGGUGUGGCGUUAGUGACAGCGAGCGCGCUUCAGGCCGAGCGAUGGGCGCGCGGCCCCGAACGGGCCAGUAUGCGGGCUGCGGCUGCCUUGCAUCUACUUGCUGUAUGGACUAGAUUAGGUACUUUAUCAGGACCGGCACAGCUCCAACUGAUUGGACCAGCUGUAGGGGCCCUCCUCGAAGUGACUCUCGUACCAGAGCUGCGAAGGGCGGCUUUAGGGGCUUUAGUGGCUUUGAUGGCAGCCGAAAGAGCCGCGACUGGGUCCGCUAGACGAACUGAAGCGGCCUUGGUUGAUAAGUUGGACUCGUUGGUCGCUGAUAACAAGGCUGAUGACCAUUACCGAAGACUCUUUGAUACUGUGGAACAUUUAAGUUCUGUGCUAAUGGAGCGUGUAUCAACGGAGGGUUGGCGAGAAGCAGGUGCGGCGUUUGUUGGCUGUGUGACGAGGUUGUUGGAGCGACUGUUGGACUACCGCGCCGUCAUGCAGGGCGCCGAACACAGGGACAAGCGCAUGGCUGCCACUGUCAACCUGCUGAAUUUCUACAAAAAUGAAAUCGACCGCAAAGAGAUGUAUUUGCGAUACGUUUACAAACUACAUGACCUUCACAUAGCGUCUGACAACUGGGUAGAAGCCGGGUGCACACUUCUGCUGUAUGCAGAAAGUUUAAGUUGGGAUAGCGAUCAAAUCGGAGUUGACCCAGAACAUCCUGAAGCUGUAGAAUGGAAGCGUAAAGAGGCUCUUUACAACCAAGUGCUCCAGUAUUUUGACCGUGGAAAGUGCUGGGAAAAAGGAUUGCCUCUGCUUCGUGAAUUGGCAACACUGUACGAAGUGAAACUGUGCGAUUACGCGCGUUUGGCGCAUUGCCUGCGGAUGCAUGCGACUUUCCUCGACUCAGUAUUGAACCAGUUGAGACCUGAACCGGAGUACUUCAGAGUUGGAUUCUACGGGAAAGGCUGCCCUCUAUUUGUGAGAAACAAGCUGUUUGUGUACCGCGGUCAGGACUACGAGCGUAUAGGCGCGUUCACUCAGCGCCUGCAGGCGGAGUAUGUGUCUGCGCACAUCCUGAUGCGCAACACUCCGCCUGACGACUCCAUCAUCGCUGCGGAUGGCCAGUAUAUCCAAAUCUGCAAUGUAAAGCCGGUGACGUCACGGCGCACAUGGCCCUCAGGAGCGCCAGAACAAGUUAAACGCUUCUACGCAUGCAAUGACGUCGAUACUUUCCUCUGCGACCGGCCCUUGCAGAAACCGCCUAUCGAUAAGGACAACGAGUUUAAGAGCUUAUGGAUAGAAAGGACAACCUUAGUGACGGAGAAUACUUUACCAGGCAUAUUGAGAUGGUCCGAAGUCAUGUCCAGAUCUAUGGAAGAAAUUCCUCCAGUUGAAUUUGCCUGUGAAACCAUGGAAGCAACAGAACGCGAAUUACGUAGUCUCAUAUCCCAAUACACUGCCGACCCAACGCAAAACAUCAAUCCCUUCUCAAUGCGACUACAAGGCACGAUAGACGCCAACGUACAAGGAGGCAUAACUAAAUACGAACAAGCCUUCCUAACUGCGGAGUUCAGUAGAAACGCCACGCCCAGGGAAGCGGCCGCCGCGGCCAAAUUGAGGAGGCUGAUAUCUUCGCAGUUAGCUGUAGUUGAAGCGGGGCUAGCUUUACAUGGUCGGUUAGCGCCGGAGGAAGUCAAACCGUUGCAUAGGCGACUAGUGGAACGCUUCACCCAACUGAGGCAGAAUCUUGGACCCGGUCUAGCGCGCGCCAGACGGCAGUUAUCCGAAAGUAUUGUCAAUACACCAUUGCCUCCAGUCCCAGCGUUGGAUAAACGAUCGCUUAGUGUCCAGCAAAGUGAUGGGUAUUAUGAAGAAGGACAUCUAUACAACAAGCCGAUUUAUUCAUUAGAGGACACCCUAGACCAGCAGAGCAUAAUGUCCAGCAGUCUGCCCGUGACCGACAAUAGGGAUUGUCCUGAUGACAACUCAAUGAUCAAAUCGGCGCCGCCUUUGCCUUGCAGACCCAAAUCUGGCGACCCGAGAAGUCCGACAAGACCGCCUUUGGAAAAAUACCGCGACGUCGUGGACGAAGAAGUGGAGACCCGUCGUCACAGCCGCGCCUCUUGGAGUGAACCCGGUGACGCGCCGCCUUUGCCUCCACGUGUCUCUGGGGAUAAAAGGACGUGGGGCGAGGCGCCCGCAGUGCCGCGACGCGCGGGGCGAGGUGCGUGCGAGGAGCGCGACUCGGGCGUGAGUGUGGACGCACACCAUUACACCAAUGCGGACGACCAUCGACACAACCAUGAUUUCGAGCUGGUAGAAUCGCUCCGCUAUGAGGAGAUAAUCUCAAUGAUGUCCGAGCCCUUGCACGUGGAUGAAGGGGAGACUCCGCCCCCCAUCCCUCCCAAAGGGCUCGGCCACCUCAGCAGCUUCGACUCCGGCCACCACGAGAACGGCGAGUCACAUUGCUAACAAUUACCCACCCGGGAUUUCUUUCAUGACGACUGGGUCAAAGGCACACUGACGCAAUAUUUUGUAUUGGACUUUUAAGAGAAGUGUAUUCGUAGCAUGCUCAAUACAAUCGAAGUUUAGUUCUUAUUUGAAUACUAGCUGGCGACUUCGUACGCGUUAAAUAGGAUUUUCUGGCAUGACGCCGCUGCUGGUAGAAUCGCUCCACUAUGAGGAGAUAAUCUCAAUGUCUGAGCCACUAUACAUAGAUGAAGGGGAGACUCAACCCCCAUCCCUUCCAAAGGGCUCGGCCACCUCAGCAGCUUCGAGAACAGCGAGUCACAUUACUAACGAUUCCCCACCCGGGAUUUCUUUCAUGACGACUUGGUCAAAGGUACACUGACGCAAUAUUUUGUAAUGGACUUUUAAAAGAAUGUAUUCGUAGCAUGCUUAAUACAAACGAAGCGUCGCUGGUCAUGCAAAAUGCGCUACGCAUUUUUUUAGGUUUUCUUUUUUCGUGUUAUUGUGUUCAGUUUUAAAAAGCGCGUGUGCAUACAGAACCCUGUUCUUUAGCGUGCGUGCUUUAAGAGAUCCAUUAAAAUUUCCAAAAAAAAAAAUGAAGUUUAAUGGAGUCCUGAAAACUUGUGAUUUUCCAUAUAGCGGAAUUAUCAUGCGCAGUGACGUGAAGUUUGUUUUUUACCUGAAUACUAGAUGAUGGUUUUCUGGUACAUUUGUAACGGUUAUCAAAAAAAGUUUCCCCCCAUCCACUCGCAUCAUCAUAUAGAUACUGCAACCAAACUCGCUCAUUAUUUAUUAAUGGGACACCAUGGGCGACUAUGGCGAGUGGAGCAGUGGAUAGUUGUGCAGAAAAGCUAAGCAACUCUCUAAAAUUUUGUACAGGUCCUCUAGAAACUAAUAAGAACAGAUAUUAGUUCGCAACCGUCUUUACAAUAUGACGUCUUAUUAGUCUAGGUACAUUGCUUUUUUAUACCAUGAUAUUUUAACCGUAUUACAUCUAAUACAGUUUUUUUAAUUGAGUUUUAAAUAUUGUUAAUAUUGUGUCAAUGUGUAUUUGACCAAAUGCAUUUUAAUUUUUUAUUGAGGCCUGUUACACUAUCAGUUUUAUCACUCGAUACAUGCGUCCUGUAUCGAGGAAUUAUUGAUGGUUUUGACAGGAUCGUAAUAAAAUCCAGAUGUUUUGGAAAUCCUGCGAUCCCAAAAUCGCGAUCGAUAGUAUAACAACCCCCCCAUAACCAACAUGAUAUAAUAUGUAUUUAAUUAGUUGAAUUAUUCCAAUUGUUUAUAAUUUUAGUAAGUACAAGAAAGUACAUGAAUAAUAGCAUCUAUAUUUUUAUAGUGGUAGACAAAUUUUAUUUAAAUAAACGCGUAAAGUAUUUGACAUAUUAUUAUAAUUCUUUUUUGACUUCUAUGAAAUUAAAGUUAGACUAAGUUUAAAUGACGUACAAGUAUUAGAAUCGUUUUUCUUGUACUUGUUAGUUGAAAGCGAAUUACUCUUUUCCUAAGACACAAACACACAAAUCGAUUUACGCUCUAAUAUUUUUAAUAGAUCCAUGUAUUCGUAGGAAAAGUACGCAAGUUUGCGUACAAAUCGUUCUGUGGACUUCGAAUUGGUACGAACGCUUACAAAAACCUAGUAGCAAGAAAGUUACUAAGGAAAAUUGCUAUAAAAAUAGUUAAGGCAAUUUAUAAGACAACUAUUAUUAUAUUAAUUUGCGCGUAAAAUUGCAUAUCAUUUCAUUUAUAUAGGUACUAGUUUAUUAGGAUUAAGAUUGACAAAUUAAUGAGUUUAUUUUUACUUAUUAUAUAAUUUCUUUAUGCAUUUAGUUUUACAUCGGGGCCAUAUUAUAACAGGUGAUAAAUGUUUUAUAAGUAUAAAAGCGUACUGACAACUAAAAGCAUACUUACAUAUAAUUUUCAAAAAUAAUGCUCUUUAGCGUUUUAUAGUCAGCAUCAAUGAAACUCGAUAAGUACAAUUAUUUCCUAUGUUUUUUUUUUUUUUGUAUGAAACAAAAGUUUUAUUUUUUAUAGUAUUUAAAUAAUGUAUAGUAUUUUAAUAUGUUUCAAAUAAACUACUUGAAAUCAGUGAUAUUUAUGUGUCAAAUUAUUAAAAAAGUUUUAUUUUCGUGAAAUUAAUUAUUUUUUUACAAUUAUUAUGAGUAUUUUUUGUAUACUUCAUUUUUUUAAUAUUUUUCGUCAUUUGAAUUAUUUAUUUUGGAUAUUAUGUAUAAUGUAUAUUAAGUCUAAAAGUCCUGUACACGUGCGAACUUUACUGUAGUUUCGUUACUGUGGUUUACUGUGGCUUGCCGACAAAGCUUGCUGGUAGACUUUCGCAAGACCACGGUUUUAUGAGCCGAAAAGCCAUGCUCGCGACUCUUCAUUUAUUGUUGUUGAGAGUUGAUAUUUGGCGUAAUGCCAAACAAAGCCUUGAGUAAAACCGCGGUCAUCUUUACUGCAAGCUCAUGGCUCGCUCGUCGACCAGGGACUUUACAUAAAUGUAAUUUUACAAGUCGCGAUAUUUCAAAUUUUUAAUCUUUAUUUUUUUAAAGUAUUUUUACAAACACAAGCUUUUUUGGCGAGUGUUAAUUUUUGAUAACAAUUUGCUUCUUACCUUAUUGCUCAAAAUGUUUUUGGAAUACCUACUUGAUAAUAUUAUGUCACGCACAGUUUGUUUUAAAAUGCACAACUGAGCUUAAGUAAAUUUUAACUUUUAUGUAUCCGAAUAACUUAAUAUUUGCGUAAGAAAUUAAAAAAAAAACUUAAACAAUAAAAUAUGGAUGAGUUUUACGCCAUUGAAAAGAAAACUAUGUAUUUAGUCUUUAUAACACUAUCCAAUUUUUUUUCCUAUUUGCUAAAGCGAUUUUUCUUUACUUAUUCUAAGUUCAUAAAUGACAACAAAUAAUCGGGUAACAAAACUGUUCUGGUAGACAGUUUGAAGAUAAUGUAUAGAACAUACGCGGCAUACUUUUUUGCUGAAAUUUUUCAUUUUCACUAUAGUAGGUUUAAUUCUAACAGUGCAAUUUUAAUUAAGAUUCUUAUAAUAUCGUUCAUUAACCGUACCGUUUUUACAUUGUAGUUAUACAAGUGUUUGCAGCUAUUGAUGCAGUAGUUUAAUUUUUUCGAAAUAUGGCUUUAACUCCAUGAUCUCGGGGUUAAAAACUUUAAUGUAAUCUUUGGAUAUAUUUAAACACGCUAAUAAUUAAUUGAAACUAUAAAUUUUUAAAUUCCAUGCAAAAUAUUACAUUUAAUAACUAUUUUUUGUCUAUAUUUGAGACGUUGUUCAUUAACUACUAAAAUAAAAUAGCUUUAGGGACCGUUUAUUCCGGAUGUUGUCUUUCAUACAAGUCUUUCCAAUAACCAGGUGAUAUUUUCCAAUUUUACACAAAACUUUUUAAAAUUAUGUAUUAUUAAAUAGAUCUUAAAUCGUAGGUGAUAAAGUCACAUUUCCAACGAACAAUUUCUGAAAUGUUUUUAGCUAUUAUAUUUAAUGUUUAAUCAUAUUAACCUACUAGUAAUUAUCGUUAGGGCUUGUUUACCUUUGUAUUUUAAUCGUGUAGUUACGUGUUAAUGGAGAUUGUAAGCUAGGACAUUGUUUGGAAACAUAAAAGGUACCUAUUUAUAGUGCAAACAACUAGUGUCGUAUCGUGUAUUCGACAGACGCCGAUUCGAGUCGUACAUCUACUUUAUUUAUCAUAUAAAGAAGUAAAGUUAAAGAGGUAAUCUCGAGAUGAUCAGAACCGAUUUAAAAAUUAUUUACUGAUAGUAAUAGAAAUUUUGGAAUAGUUAUGUUGUAUUUUAGAUUUUUUUUUUCAAAAGGGAGCUUUGAAAGAGACGUAACUGAAGUAUGUAAGCAUAGCAAUCGCCCGUCAUUCCCUGCGCAAACUGGGCGAGUGUUUUGACUUUUGACUUUUGACCGCCAAGACAGCGUCGCUGAGCGAGUUUUAUUUGAAAGCUCUUGUCGCUGCGACAAUAUAAUAUUGGAUAUUUCACUUAUGAGAAUAUAAUUGGGUGAAUCUAUGUUUCCAAAUGGUGUCUCGCUAAACAAUAGUGUUGAGUUACCUAAGCAUCUAUAAUUUCGACUGAUAAUAUUAUACUAUAGUUAACUAUUAUUGAAUUUACAUAUAGUUUUCAUUGUAACAUCGUACAUAUACGUUCCGUGAAUAUGUCUCACUAGUUUUAGUCGAUAAUAAAAUUAUACCAUUUAAUGUACUAUUGACGCGCGAGGUGAAUGCCAUGGGUUUCAUUAUAUUAUUUCAGCCAAGAUAUAGACAAUUAUCAACCAAGUAAUAUAAUGUUCUCCUGAUGGAGUUUCGACCACUACAGCCGGAACAGCCUUUUUUUCAGCCAACACAACUGGUGCAUUCU